AUCUACUAUAUCUCUUUAAGGCCUUACAGUGAACUUUGCUAACUGUCUUAUAGCCAUAGAUCGGAGCAAGCAGCUCUCCACAAUCUGGAAAGCGAUGACCGAGGCCGAGAAGGCACCCUUCGUGGCCCUCAAAGAUGAGGAGAGCACUCGUUACGCGCAACAGGAAAUAACCCUACGCGCAGGCGGUACAAUCGACCCUGUACAGGAGCAAGAGUAUCUCGACCAGUUCUGGAGGAAAGCGGAGAACGCCCCGAGGAGCGCUGCCGUUCUGAACGCCAAGGCAUACGCUCCGAAGCACAGAAACGGAAAGGCUGCUGUCGCGCCGGUCCAGCCUCGGCCGGAUCCGGGCCAGUUUGGAGUGCUCCGACGCAUGCCCGCUAUGCAAUUCCGAGCCCCUUUGACGGCAACUCAUCUUGGCAACAUACCGAGCUCUGAAGAUCUUCUCGCUCGACUGGGAGAAACCAACGCCAAGUUGCGAGCCGACCUCGCUCGCUCGUCCAGCAACGUCAUCGACCUUACCAAGGAUGACGACGAUGAAGAGCCGGCCCGCGCCAAAUCGGCGGCAUCGGCGACCACCAUCAUUGUCGAUGACAACAGCAAGGACGCAGAUAAAGAAAAUGCUGCCUGAGACCCAGCGGGGUGUGGCCUGGAAUUCGGUACUGGGUAAUCUACUAGCGGAUGCUGCCCUCAUGUUGGCGGGUUGGCGAUUAGUCAAGGAAAAGUGUGGAGGUGGAUUGGAGAUUUGUUGAUGUGUCUUAUUGCGAGAGAGAGGCUUUGUAUAUGCCGUUGUACUCUAGUGGAGGAUAGC